CUAGUCAGUAGGUUAGUGCUUGUGGUGACUCGUACACAAGAUGGACACCGGCUGGAUUGUCCCUUGCCUUAUCGUAGUCUUCAUUCCCAGCGAUAUAUCGACCACAGAUCCAGCCUCAAAUCAACUGGUUGACUACAAGAAUUAUCAUCACGGCGGUGGCAGAGUGGUGACAGGUUAUGGAGUACCAGUAGACGACAUAACCUCCACACUGACGGUUGGCUACCACGGGCCCGUUGUCAUGCAGGAUGUUGUGUUCCUGGACACACUGGCGCACUUCGACAGAGAACGCAUCCCUGAGAGGGUGGUACAUGCCAAGGGGGCAGGUGCUUUUGGUUAUUUCGAAGUCACACACGAUAUCACACAGCACACCAAGGCUGUGGUGUUCUCACACAUUGGGAAGAAAACACCAAUCGCAGUUCGGUUCUCAUUUGUAACGGGAGAAACCGGAUCGGCCGAUACGAUCAGGGAUCCUCGGGGAUUUUCCAUAAAAUUCUACACAGAAGAUGGAAUCUGGGACCUUGUGGGAAAUAACACCCCAAUUUUCUUCCUCCGGGACCCCAUUUUAUUUCCCUUGUUCAUCCACUCGCAGAAAAGAAAUCCUGCAACAAACCUAAGGGAUGCCAACAUGUUCUGGGACUUCAUUUCCCUGCGUCCAGAGACUACUCACCAGACCAUGAUCACAUUCUCUGACAGAGGCAUCCCUGAUGGGUACCGCUACAUGCAUGGCUUUGGCUCCCACACCUUCAAGAUGGUGAAUAACAGACAUGAGGCCGUGUAUGUCAAGUUUCACUACAAGACUGAUCAGGGCAUAAGGAACUUAUCCCCAGAGAGAGCUGCCAUCAUAGGAGGCACAGACCCAGAUUAUGCCAUCCGUGACCUGUACAAUGCCAUUGCACGUGGGGACUUCCCCACAUGGUCCUUUUACAUUCAAGUCAUGACCUUUGAAGAAGCCGAGCAUUUCAAAUGGAACCCUUUUGACUUAACCAAGGUAUGGCCUCAAGAGGACUUCCCUUUGAUUCCAGUGGGCAAAAUAGUGUUGAACCAGAAUCCUUCAAACUAUUUUGCUGAAGUGGAGCAGAUUGGUUUCAGUCCAGCCCAUAUGAUCCCAGGCAUUGAACCCAGCCCUGACAAAAUGCUUCAUGGACGCCUAUUCACCUAUUCAGACACCCAGAGGUACCGUUUAGGGCCAAAUUAUCUGCAGUUUCCUGUAAAUAAUCCAUUCCGAACAAAGAUUACAAACUUUCAGCGUGAUGGACCACAAACUUUCACUGACAACCAAGGUGGUGCACCUAACUAUUUCCCUAACAGUUUCAAUGGACCAAAAAACGAUCCAAGUGCUGCAAUUUCCAGGUUCAAUGUCACAGGAGAUGUUGCCAGAUAUAACUCAGCAGACGAAGACAACUUCAGUCAGCCAACUCUGUUCUGGAGGAAUGUCCUGAAACCAGAUGAAAGAGAUCGCCUGGUGCAGAAUAUUGUGAACAGUCUUAGGAAUGCCACUGACUUUAUCCAGGCUCGUACGGUGAAAAUGUUUAAUCAAGUGGCUGCUGAGUUUGGGCAUAAACUUUCUGAAGGCCUCAGAAGACAAGCAUAAAACAGUGGAAAUUCUUUUCAGUUCUUCCAAGGAGCUCUAGACUUCGCACAGAGUGAACAGUCUUUCAAAUCCACUUCACAAGAUGAACUCAUCAUAUAACCGUUCCAUUUAUAUUAGUGGGUCCAGAAACUCACUUUGCAUUGUGGACAACUGGAUGUCCAAGAGAGAACAUGCUUUUUAAAUUACGCACUGGACCUGUGUUUAUCCAGCUGUCUGAUAUAGCAGCACACUCUAAUUCAGUAUCUCCUGCCAUAAAAAAUCCUAUACUACUGUAAAUUUCUAUAUAUGUAUGUAAUGCAUAAACUAUGCCCAUGUUAUUCCUAA